GCUUGUGUGCUGGUUUGGUGCGGACCUGGUACCUCUUUUGUGAAGGGGCAAGUGAGGAGACCCCGGCGUUCGCCAUGGCCAAUGAAAAGCCCAAGGAAGGAGUCAAGACUGAGAACAACGACCAUAUUAAUCUGAAGGUGGCGGGUCAGGAUGGUUCGGUGGUGCAGUUUAAGAUUAAGAGGCAUAUACCACUUAGUAAACUAAUGAAAGCCUAUUGUGAACGACAGGGAUUGUCAAUGAGGCAGAUCAGAUUCCGAUUUGACGGGCAGCCAAUCAAUGAAACAGAUACACCUGCACAGUUGGAAAUGGAGGAUGAAGAUACAAUUGAUGUGUUCCAGCAGCAGACAGGAGGUGUCUACUGUCUUUUCCAGUUAUACUUAGAGGACCCUGACCCAUGGAAUACUGGUAACCUUGGAACUCCACACCUAUUUCAUUGUCCCACUUUUAUCAGUGGCUUCAACCAACCUUUUGUCUUCAGGCUUCUUCAGAUGAAAGUCAAGUGCAAGAUUUUAACAUUAGCAGGUAUCACAGAAAACAUGAGGUUUUCCCAUAGUAGAUAA